GUCUUUACCCAAUUUAUUCCCACACUAAAGAUAUUGGGAUACCUACUCAGCACUCUCGGCGUUAAAUUUGUCUACUAUUCGGGCACGAUGCCGAGGCAGAAGCAGCAGGAUGCAAUGAACGCGUUCCAAAACGACCCAGAAACGAUGAUCUUGCUCUCGACCUUGAAAAGCGGCGGCCAGUCGCACAACCUCACCGUGGCGAACCGCGUCAUCAUCGUCGACCUUUGGUGGAACAAGACGGCGGAAAAACAGGCCAUCGGCCGGGUCGCCCGUAUGGGCCAGACGAAGAAAACAUAUUCAGUGCGUAUUGUUACAAAGCACACAAUGGAUGAACGUGUUAUCGAGGUGCAGACGGGUAAGGAAGCGACUAUUGCGCGAAUGCUUCAAGAUGAUGGACAUGAGCGUACUGAAGUUGAUGAUAAGCGCCUCAAACAGAUAUUUGAACCAAAGGAUAUCGACCAGGCAGAUUCGAAGAAGCGGAAAAGAAAGUAUGAGUCGUCUGGCUAUGGCGCCAGAAUGAGCAUGUCGCCUCCAGUCGAUGAAAGCGAGGAAAACUGGUAUUGA